AGCUGGCUGCUGGCAGGUCGUGUUCGCAUCGCAGUCAUCGCACAAUUGUGUGUCAUUUCUUGUGAGUGUUUUAAAUUUCGUGAUUGUUUUUGGUUUGAUGCCAAUUAUGCUCGGGAAGGACGGAUAAGGACUGUGAGGAGCGCGUCGGUGCCGAAUAAUCGCGCCACAGCAGUCACUUCCGGCGAGAAAAGGAUGCAAAAGGUGUCAACGGGCCCGAAGAAGGAGUCCGCUGGGCAGCUGGAGUGAUCCGAGAAGUGGCGCGCGCGACCUGAUUCAGCAGCAGGCACCGCUUUCAAGAUGUCGGCGGCCACCGCAUUCGCCGGCCGCCUCGGACUGUCGGCCUGGCGCCGCAGAAGCACCUGGCUUGGCCUGGUCCUCCUCUUCAUGCUGCUGCUCGUCUGCCUUCAGUUCUACUCCGGCCCGGGUCUCUUCAGCCCCGCUGACCAAAAAGUCACCAUCGAGCAUAAGCUUAACAAGGGCAAUUUGAUAAAAGACGGCGUGGAGUUUUUGCGAUCUGACCGCAAAUCAGAAAUUAGCACGCCGUACUUUGAGGACGAGAUGGUGCAGAAGAACUUCGAGGAGGAGCAGCGCGCGGCCAACAACUAUUGGAACGGCAUCCCCAGCCGCGACGACAUUUACGGAAGGCGGCAACACCAAGACGCAGAAGUUAAUGCUACAUCAAGUUUGGCUAAUACAACUGGAACCACUACAAUGAGAAUUACUUCAAAUUCAACUCCUACUAUUACUAAAAACUUAACAGAUAGAGCCAAUACGCUAGAAACCUCCACUGCUACCAAUAAUAAUACACAAAGAGAUAUCAAAAAAUCUACUUCUGCUGCGUCCAACAUUACUAAACAGAGAGAAAAUGUUACUUCAACUUCCGCUGCUGUGAAGAGCGCUAUCACUGCACAGAGUACAAAACCAGCAACUUCUCAAACAAUGGGAAUUGCACGGGUGGCACUGAACCCAAAGAAUCCGUACGUGCCGCCACAUCGGCUGGUGCACUUUGACUUGAAGGGAGCUCCACCGAAGGCUUCCUACCUGCUGCAGGUGCUGCCUAUCUUCAAGCAGCAAGGAGCCACUGGCGUCCUUCUCGAGUGGGAGGACAUGUUUCCCUUCAAAGACUCAAUGGCCAAGGUCGCGGCCACCAAUCACUAUUCGACUGCGGAGGUGACGCAAAUUCUGCAAAAGUGCAAGGAGCUAGGGCUGGAGGUGAUUCCCCUGGUGCAGACCUUUGGCCACCUUGAAUUCGUGCUUAAAAUUGAGCAGUUCAGCAAUUUACGAGAGGUUGCUGAAAUCCCACAAGCACUGUGUCCCUCAAAGAACAGCAGUUUCAAAAUGGUCACUAAACUGCUGCACCAAGUCUAUGAGCUGCACUCAACGGUGAUGAAGCCCAAGUAUAUGCACAUUGGGUGUGACGAGGUUUUCACGAUGGGCGAGUGCAAUUUAUGCCGCAGGAAAGCACGGGACGAUGUCUUCCUCGACCACGUCGCCCGUGUUGCCUCUUUUGUGCGGAGCCAGUACAAUGUGACGCCCAUCAUCUGGGACGACAUGCUGCGUCACUUGCAGCCUGACCAGCUGAGGAAGAUCGGCGACCUCGGAGUCGAGCCCAUGGUGUGGGUUUAUGCCGAGAACGUCUAUCACUUUGUCCAGCCCUCGGUGUGGGAAAAGUAUGCAGGCAGUUUCCGCAGAGCGUGGACGGCCAGUGCUUUCAAGGGUGCCUUUGGGGAGACCAUAAAUGUCCCGAACGCCAAGCGGCACCUUGAUAACAACCUCCGCUGGCUCGAGGUGAUGACAAACGAGAACCGCAAGUUCCGUGAAGGUUUCUCAGGAAUUGCAGUGACAGGGUGGCAGCGAUACGACCACUUUGCAACCCUGUGCGAGCUACUGCCCUCAGGUUUACCGUCACUGGCCCUGGACAUGCUGGCCACAAGCCAUGGCUACUUCAACCACAGUCUGCGACCAAUGAUAGACUCGUCAAUGAACUGUCCCAGCUCGCCACGGGCUAUCAUCAAUAUGGAGAGGGACUCGUUUCUUUGGGAGCGCUUUUCAGGUUGCGCCUUCCCUGGCGCCACCGUUUUCCGCCUGAUGUCCAGACUUGAAAUAUACGACAAGGAGUACGACGAGUUUAUGUUGCUGGUCCGCAAAAAGAAAGCGUGGCUGACGGAGUACAAUGUGCGGCACAACUUCACUACGCCGCUGCGACUAAAUGAACUGAUGCAGGACCACUCGCGAAUGCUGCACUCGGCGCUGAGUUUGUCUAAGCAGGCGAGGGACGCGUUGUCUGAAGUUUUCGACGAGCACACUGUUGGUGAGUGGCUCGAGCAGAAAAUGCAGCCGUACGUGGAGAGUCUAGAGAAAUUAGGCGCUGACACUGAGGCCCUCCGCAGAAGAAUGGUGUGGCCAGUGCGCCCCCUGCCCCUCAGCCCCACCCUGAAACGCCUUGGCUUCGACCCCCAACAUUGAAGGACUGCUGCCCCCAACGUUGCCAAAUGUGAUCACCACAAAAUGAAAAUAUAAUAAUUCCCGAAAGGGAGAAACAAAAUUUUAUGAAUCGAAAUGGAAGGUCUGAAGAGUGCUGGUGGCUCUUUUUCUCAUUUUCGUUAUAUUAUUUUUUUGCAUUGAGUCAAUUCUAUUAACAAUUAGUUUGUGCAUUUUGACUAGAUUUUAAUCUUCUUGACAAUAAUUUAAAGAGAUUAUUUUUUUACACUUUUUAUAACCUUUUUUCACUUUUUUUGAUGCACCGCAAGCAGAGCAAAAAGCAUAGACGGUUGCUGUGAUUUUGAGGUGCAAAAGCUACUAGUACUUUGUGAGUGUUGAAUUCUACGCACGAGUGAACAUGACACCACCUAUUAUAUAAUUGCAAAAAAAAACACGUUUGACAACGUUGUUUGUGAUAAGCUGCGAGCAAUCUGUAUUCCUCCUACUUUUAAAAAUAGUAUUCUCAACGCAGCCACCAGCCAAGUGUGUGUAUGGACACGUUGUAGACCCACAGACUGCUCCCCAACUUUAAAAAUUAUAGACACUCACGAGGUUCAGUAUUUGAGUGCAGUAGCCAGAUGAGUUUAGCAGAAAGUAUUAAGUAGCUGAACCAAAGAUAAUUAACUCUUUUAUUUACAUACAACUUGUGACAGCUUCUGACUGAGUGUACACACAAAAAUGCACUUGUGUUUCUUCUCAAAUGUGUAUUAUUUAUUAUGUACAAUUUUUAAAUCUCCUGAAUUUGUAAUUUAUUAAAGAAAGACAAUUAUUCACAUUUCCAAAGUUGAAAAAAUA